AAGGAAGCUCGCCGGCAAUAUAUGUCACUUUUCAAGGCACAGAAGAUUUGCAAAAUUGGCAGACUUUUUCCACAAGGAAGAUUCUUGAAUAAACCAUUCCCAAUUUGUGCUCGGACCGCUGCUUCAAUCCCUACGCUGCACCUCCUACUGUCGGAGAUCUAAAGAAGGCUCUCAUCCUGAUCGAGUGCAUUUCCGCCGCUCCUCACAAUUAGACAGACAUUUGCUCUUCAGCGGCUCAUUGCGAGAGUUCGAGAGGAGGACAGGAACUCCUCACCCAUUUAGACAAGGACUCUAGUGAAAGUUUCAGCCACCCGUACCCCGGCUGCUCCCAUCUGAGCCCUGGUUCCCCCGACCUCUCCAGCCUCCUCGUCGCCGUCGAUACGACAUUUCCUCCUGCAAGUCGCCGUCAAUGACCUAAGGCCUCCACAUCGCCUGCUCUUGGUUCCGUUUUUGUCCUGGCUCAGGCUGUCUAAAUUCGAACUUCCUUGGGUCUCUAAAAAACCGGUGAAUCUGACUUAAACCAUUGCCGCCUUUUAAGGCUACAUGCCUCCUAUUACCCGCCGUGCUGCCAAAGCAAUGAAACUAAAUAGCAUCCAGACUACUCAUUCAUCCAUUUCUUCUUGGGGGGAAAACGAUUUAACGCAGUGCAUUUCUAACUACUACAAGAUGAGAAAACAAAGGCGCAAUACAUCGGAGCGUGUGCAUUUCUCUGAGGAUCACUUGAUGGAAAAUGAUCAUGAUGCACAUGGUGGGGAAAUUUCUGACGAAUCGGACGAGGAAGAGGUCCUUUUGAUCUAUGCCAUGGUUGUUCUUCUAGGAUUUGCCUUAUUCAACCCGUACCUAAACCCUUUGCAGCAACGACGAAUCCGAGAUGGUGCACAGUCAGGUGCUCAAAGGGUGGUAGAGCUAAUAAAUGGCUAUCGAGCCAGAAUUUUUGACAACCUUCGCAUGGAAGCUCCCCUUUUCCUGCAAUUAUGUGACUUGUUGCUUGAGCGGGGCUAUUGGGAGCCGCACCCUACACAACGGGUGGGAAUUCAUGAGUCUGUUGCCAUUUGCCUUUUGUGCUUGAGUCAUAAUGAGCGACAUAGGGUGCUGGCUGAGAGAUUCCAACAAUUUUCCGAGACAGUGGAUCUUCAUCUACGACGCUGCCUUCGAUCUCUCGUUCGAUUGGGACGCGACUUUGUCAAGCCAAUAGAUUAUCACAUAAUUCAUCCAAGAAUACAGAACAGUGCGUUGUUCUGGCCAUGGUUUAAGGAUUGCGUUGGAGCUAUUGAUGGAACACACGUAUCAGCUUGGUGUAGAGCCGAGGACAGGGAUCAUUACCGGAAUAGGCUUGGUGGCUUAUCACACAAAAUUCUAGCUGCGUGUGACCAUAAUAUGAGAUUCACUUAUGUCAGGGUAGGAUGGGAGGGUAGUGCCCGUGAUUCUAGGAUCUUACGAGAUGUUUUACUUGAUCCUAAUUGUGCCUUUCCAAUGCCACCAGCAGGCAAAUAUUAUGCGGUGGGCGCGACAUACACAAAUAUGUCAGGAUUUAUGGCUCCCUUUAGGGGUGCACGGGGAACCCCACAAGAGCGGGCAACAAAAGCACUUUUCAACAGACGUCAUGCAUCGUUAAGAAAUAUUACAGAACGCACAUUUGGUGUCUUGAAAAAGCGAUUUCCAAUACUGCAGGGGCCUAUGCAGAAUUAUUUGAUGGCAACGCAAAAUAACAUUGUCCUUGCUUGUUGUGCCUUGCACAACUUUAUGCGCGAUCAUGUUCCCAAUGACGCAUAUUUUGUUGAAGAAGAAGCUGAUGCAGCAUUGGCAGAUAAUUUAGAUCAGGGCAACCAAAUGUUUGGACCACAACCAGUCGAUAUGUCAGCACAAGGAAUUGCUGGCUGGAAUGAAGAUAGGAGAGCAAUAGCUGAUCAUAUGUGCUAUCACCAAUAUGCUUGAGAACAUGGUGAUCUCUUAAUCGUGGGAUUUUUAACUAUAAGGGGGAUUGUUGUUUCUUAUUUGUAGUAAUUAAUGUUUCCACAGACAAAUUAAAAACCCAUGUAGUCUUAUGCAACCACCUAUUUGCUUAUCUUUAAA